GCACUUGUUUUCAGACAUUUCCAGCGGUGGGUGAACCAAGGAAAUAUGAUUUUUGUUUUUGCUUUGUUCUCCAUGUGCUUGUGGUGUAUGGUUGAUGUGACAGAUGAAGUGAAGGCAAUGUCGGUGAUGGAGGGAGAGUCCUUCACUCUGAACACUGAUGUUACUGAUACACAGAAAUAUCUGUUAAUACAGUGGACGUUUAGAGACGCUCGGAUUGCAGAAAUCAACAAAUUUGCGGAAACCAACUCAACGUUUGAUGCUGAUGCGAGAUUCAGAGACCGAUUGAACUUAGAUCAAACCGGAUCUCUGACCGUCAAAAACACCAGAACCACGGACUCCGGACUUUAUAAGCUAGCGAUAGUCAACCAAGAGACCAGAUACAGAAAGUUCAACGUUACAGUCUGCGGAAGAUCGAGCUCAGACUGCGUGUCGUCCAGCCCUGCGCUCAACGAUUCAAUCGUCGAUCGCACCGAAGACGCCAACGUUACUGAGCUCUAUCAGACGAGUUCAGAAUGCAUUCAACGUUGCAGCUUUACUGAAGCUGUGAUCCGAUUGGCUCUCUCUGCUCUGGUGGGCGUGGUCGCUGUUGCUGUGCUGGUUUACGACGUUAGAUCCGCAAGAAGUGAGCUGGACAGAACAGAAGAGACUGAAUAUCUGAGUAAAAUCUGAUCAUCAGUACGAACUGAGCAGAAGAUUUAGUUCCCCAAAAUAAAACAUGUAUUGAUACUAA